UUUUAGCAAGAGCUGAGAGAGGAGGGAGGUAGCGCGCAACCCUAUGCUCGUGUUUACUCGAAAGCAAGUCGAGGCUUGCUCUUAGGCUUCACCAGCAUGAGCACCAGCAAGACUGCACUAUCUGAAAAGGACAGGCCUGUUGCUCAGAAGUUACUGAAUUUUGGAGCAUGCCCGCGUUGUAUUUUCAGGUUUUGCCGGAUAGGAUCUCAGGCUUUGUACAGGCGACCCUAUAAGGAGUUGCUUAGUGAACUGCAUGAGUUUCUGGAGAACACUACAGAGGAGAACAAAUUACCUUGUGAAACAGCAAAUCCUCCCUGUAAGCGAAUCAAACUGGAUAGUGUCAAAGGAGGGGAGGAACAGACCUCAAAUGGAAGCCACCAGGUACCUAAUGCGGAGAAUGAUGGAACUGCUGGUGGUGACGAGAACUUAAGGCCAGCUGUGUGCAACAUCUGCCUGGGAAUUCUGCAGGAGCUCUGUGAGAUGGAUUUUGUCAAAGCGGUGUGCCACAAGAUUAAUUCUUCUGAAUACCAGUUUACCAGUUUUGUGUUUUCGGUCUCUUUCCCCCCACAGUUAUCUGUAAGGGAGCAUGCAGCAUGGUUGCUAGUAAAAGAGGAAAUGGAGAAACAGGAUUUUUUAGCAGAAAAAGAAGACCUUGUUCAGCUAAAGGAAGCAUACAAAUGGAUUAUUCACCCCCUGUUCCUGGAGCAAUUGGGGGUCCCUGCUGAUGGAAAGAGCCUGUUUGAAGUCAGUGUGGUCUUCGCUCAUCCAGAAACAGACGAGGACUGCCAUUUCCUAGCCUCAGCAUGUCCAAGUUGCUUCAAACCAGCAAAGAACAAGCAGUCUGUCUUCACCAGAAUGGCUGUGGUUAAGGCUCUGGAUAUGAUCAGUGAAGAAGAUUUUCUUAAAAACUUUCGAUGCCCUCUGACUUCACCCAAGGCGCCUUGCACAGCUGUUGACAUUCAGUGUACCAAUGGGGCCAUCUUCGUUGCCGGAAGAUAUAACAAAUACUCAAGAACGUUACCCCAGACUCCCUGGAUUAUAGAUGGAGAGAGGAAGAUGGAGUCUUCCGUAGAAGAACUGAUCUCAGAGCAUCUCAUGGCUGUCUUCAAAGCAGACAGUUUUAAUUUUUCAUCCUCCGGAAGAGAAGACGUGGAUGUGAGAACACUGGGCAACGGAAGGCCCUUCGCGGUUGAGCUCGUGAAUCCCCGGAAAGUCCGCUUGACUGCAGAGGAAAUGAAGGAGCUUCAACAGACAAUAAAUAAAUCUUCAGAUAAAGUUCAGGUUCGUGAUCUACAGCUCGUCACCAGAGAGGCUAUUGGGCACAUGAAGGAAGGCGAGGAAGAGAAGACCAAAACUUACAGUGCCUUAAUAUGGACAGAAAAAGUGAUCCGGAACGAAGACGUCGAGCUUCUAGACAACAUGAAGGAAUUAAAGCUCGAUCAGAAAACUCCACUGCGGGUCCUCCACCGGCGACCGCUAGCCGUCAGGGUUCGUGUAAUCUACACCAUGCAGUCAGAGUACAUAGAUGAGCACCAUUUCCGUCUCCAUCUGAAGACGCAGGCCGGGACUUACAUUAAAGAGUUUGUUCAUGGAGACUUUGGAAGAACCAAGCCGAACAUUGGUACGCUCUUGGGCACAACCGCUGACAUCUUGGAGCUGGACGUAGAAUCGGUGGAUGUUGACUGGCCUCCAGCUCUGGAUGAUUAAUGAGAAGUUUCCCAUUUUCAAGAUACGGAGAACAAAGGGGCAACAGUCUUGUCAGUGACUGGUUAC